AUGGUGGCCCUUCCAAUCGCCGAAUUGACCCCGCAUCAGAGAAGGCAGUUAAGCAAAGUCAAGGUUUUGAAGAAGUUGAUCGAUAUCAAACAGUUCGGUGAUUCUGUCCUCAAUUUCAUAUUCGUUGAUAUCUACUAUGGAAGAGUUCGAACUCAAGUGACACAGGAGGAUCUAAGAUUUAAUUUUUACAAAGAAACCAUACACAAAGGUGAGUGGAAAGCCAUUUACGAUUUCCAGUAUGUACCUGCAAUGCCUUUCAUGCGUUUGUAUCAGAAGAGUGGCAUGCUGUAUUUUAUGGAGGAUACCACGGUAGAGGAAACGUUUACGGACCAUGAUAUGGAUCAUUGGAUGUAUUUCCAGGAAUUUGCCAAUGUCAAAGAUGAAACUUGUGGAACGAAAUAUCCAGUUAGUAAUUGUGAUAACAUAAUAUACAACAAGCUGGAUAGGAACAAACAUGAUGAUGAUGAUGUUGAUGUUGAAUAUUUGAUGUUGUAG